UAAAACAGUACGGUGUGAGAUUUAACACCGUUUCCUCUUUAAUUUUUCACCAUUAGCGUACCAUUUUCCUCGAGAAUGAAAAGCUGUUUGCGCGGAUCUAUUUUAAAGACUGAUGGUAUGUCUUGAUAGAAAAAAAAUUCAAUUCAUUUUUGGCGAAAUCUGGCGUUGUCACCGGUUCUGCAAUAGUGUUACACUUGAAAUCUUCAGGAUUCAUUUGCUAUAACAUCGUGGAAUUAUGUUUCAACCAAAGAAAACAGAAGAAGUUGAAAGUGACUCUGACUGGGACAGCCUUCCUGGAGAUGUCCAAGAACCAACCUCUAGCCCUGAUUCAACUCCCAGACACCAACCAGUCCCUCCACCUCAUUCUCCAAAGGGGCAUGUUUCUCAGAAGAGACCUCAGAUUAAGUCACAGGCAGCAACCCCAGAGAAAAACUCGAUAACUAAUUCACCAGUAACACAGCCCAUAUCCAAACCUGGGACACCUGCAUCAAACAGACCAAGUCAGCUAUAUGGUAAACCUGGAAUUACCACCUUUGUCGACAGGAGCUUGAAUGCUGACAGUGGCUCGGAGAAUCGUCAGAACAAGGAGCUGAGCCCAGAUAUGAAUGAGAAUAGAUUGCAGCAAGACAGACUGGGAAGACAAAAUGAAGGAAUCCAUUUAGAAAUGAACGAAGUGGAUCAUUAUGGACAUAAUCCACCAUUUACAGAUUUUCAAGCCAAUCUCCCUAAACAAAAUGCUGGAAAACUUACACAAAGUGAGAAACCUAAGGUGGGAAAAGUCAAGUCAUCUUAUUUGACAACCAAGCAAGCAAAUCAUGGGAACCAUUCUUGGGAUUCUGACAGUGAACAAGAGCAAGAACUGGUGUCACAUAGCAGAGAACCAUUGACACCCCGCCAAAAAAAUUCCAAAGCAGAUAACCAUGAAGAAAAAAGUGUACACCCAGAACAUGAAACAGCCAUAGUAGAGAAUCAUGACAAGGUUCUGAGUUUAGAAACAUGCUGUGUGCCUCUGAAAAGUGAAAGAAAAAUAAGUGGGUGUUCAUAUUAUUUUGAUCACGGUCACAACCAUCAUCUUGAUGUUAGACCAGAAUGGAGAGAAGCUUACAUGAAAGGAGUAGCAGACAGAUCUGAAAAAUGGCUUCACUAUUUCUGGCAGGAGUUUUUCAGUGCAGUUCGCAUCAUCACUGACUUUGCAUUCAUCUUUGUAUUGGAACUAUUACGGUUUGUCUUCCACUAUGUUUUGCUCCGCAUACUUGGGGGAAUCAUCAUUGUGGUUGGAGAUCAUUUCUUAAAACCAUACUUGGCUCUGGUUUUUAACCGCAUUAUUCAACCUACCUUGAUUUUCACACGGAAUGUUUUAACUGGCAUUAGAAACCUUUUACAACCAUUAAUGGACAUCAGCAGUGUCUUUAUCGCACAGCUGGGUUCCUUACUGAGGGCAUUUAGGCUGUUUGAACUUAACUGGAAACCAGUGUAUGAAAGAAGACAAAAGCAUGAUGUCCAUGUAUUGUAGUUACUGCUGAUGAUGAGAGCAAACUGAAAGGAUCAGGGAGCUAGGCUCAGCUGUUAAGGAUGUUGAGCAGAUUUGUUAUGUUCGAGCACAUUGUGCCUAAAAAUUUAUUUUACUUUGUUUAUUAAAUUUUAAACCAUUUUACUCCCUAGAUCUCAAAAGUAACUUAGUUGUUAUUAUCAACCAUAAUUUUCUUGUCUUGUUAAUUCUGAGAAUUUGGUCUUAAAGACCUUCAGUCUUAAAUCAAACAACAUCCCAACAUUGAUAUUUUUCUUUAUUCUCCUCACCUGUCUGCUUGGCGAUGUGUUGAUUCUGUAUGGAGAAAGUACUUCUUGGUCAUUCCUAUUAGUGAUAGGGUUACAGUGCACAAGGAAGAAACCUUUAAUGUAUCAUAAAUUUAGGGCAAUAUAUGGUAAGAAAAGGUCACUUCCAUUACUGGUUAUAUUUUUUACUCCCAUUUUGCCAGUUAAACAUGCGGUUAACUCAUAAAUCCUCCAGAUGGAUCCCUAUAAUGUUAGUACAUUAUCAAGAAAACUAUUUAAGAGAACAGUUAAAGAAAGGUUGUUAUUCCAAUAGGCCAUCAAACAAUCUUGAUUAUUUUAAAUUUUAAUACAUUAUCUUGCAAACAGUUAAGGAUGCAGUCCAAGAGAGGUUGUUAUUCUGUUAAACCAUCAAACAGUCUUGAUUAUUUUAAGACAAAUGAAUGGCAAGCUAGAAGAGAGAAAUAACCAUCAGAUCUUUGCACCUGAUUCCCUCUUUCUGACAAGAACCCUGUUUGACAAGCUCUGCACUUUAGAUAGUGUUGGUGUGGGUGACUGAAACAUUCCAUUGGAGAUCAGAUUUUGCUAUCACAAUGCUUGGUUUGGAAUUUGUUUUUUUCUAUUUAUAAUCUAUAUAAUACUGUAAAUUUCCAAGAAAAAUCAAGACUUAUGAUACCUGUGGUAUUGAAUGAUUUUAUUAACUGUGAACAAUAAUUGCUUUUAAAAUGUGUCCUUGGUACUCCCAUUUUGAUUUUGAUUAUUUCUAUAUUUUGACAGUUAAUGCCACUGUAUAACUGGGACCUGGGUAUCUAUAUGCAUCUACUGAUUUCCCAGAUAGUUUUGAACUUUAUUUCUACUUUAAAGAUAUUUAGUCUAUACUUCUAUUUAUCUCAGAAUUUAUCCAUUGGAAAUGAUAAUAUAUUAAAAACUUGUUUUACUGAAAUAUAGUUCAUAGUCAUUGUUCAUUGUUGUAGGUUAUUAUCAAGAGUGUUUUUCUUUGUUUUCGUUUGAGGAGAGUCCUCUAUGUGACCAGCUAAUAAUUUUAGUAUACUUACUCACUACAUGUGCUUUCGAAUUCUUUUGUAAAUUCGUUUUGUUGUUGAAA